AUGGCCACCCGGGUAGUGCUGCCGACAGUUUCGACGGGAAACGUUCCACAGUUAGCUCUGGAUCUUUUAAUUUAUACUUAUGGGUUCAAGCUCGUCCAAUCCUUGGACGAUGAGCACCUCUACCCAUUUGCUGGACCCCUUGAUGGGCUGACGCUUCCAGUGGAACAAGGGUUGACCACCGCAUGCCAACUAUUUCAAUUGAACGACAUUAAGCUUAUUCAAAUAAGAUCGCCUCCUUUACCCGGUCAGAAGAGCAAAUUCAUUCACGGAAUCAAGUCCCAGCUCAAGGGUAAAGUCCUAGUUGCCGGGUCAGCUAAUGCCGGUAUGAAAUUAGAGGAUUUGGGCCAGCUACGGGUUGCAGAAUACACCAAGGACACAAUUCCUGACAGAUUACCCGAGUCUGGAUAUGCGGUUGAGGCAGUGAAGGCGUUGGAUGCGGAUGCAAUUGUUCUAUUCACCUACGAGGGCGACAAUAUUGCCAAUGCAAAGGAGUUGGCCACUAUCUUGGCCCAGAGAUUGGGUCUUCCCUCGAAACCUUUCCAGCAGCCUAUAAGUUGGACAAGAGUUUACGGAAAAGAUAUACCCACUGGUGUAGAGCAGGGUCUGUAUACAUGA